AUGGGGAGGCUCAUUGCUUGUGUUCUGACAUUACUAGUGUUCUCUCCUAAGCUGCCAUUUUCCUUUUGUACCAGCAAACACAACUUAUUAGUUCCAGGCAAAUCAAUCAGUGCAAACCAGACCUUGAUUUCUCCCACUGGAAACUUUGCACUGGGCUUCUUCAGUCCUGAAAAUUGUACCAAAUACUUCCUUGGCAUUUGGUACAAUACAACCCCAAACCCACCAAUUGUGUGGGUUGCCAAUAGAGAAACCCCACUUGAUUCUCCAGGUGUCUUUCUGCUGGGCAGUGAUGGAAAUCUGGUGGUGUUGGAUGGAAAGACAAGAAAAGCACUCAUCUGGUCUUCAAAUGCAUCCCUCCCUGCUUCUGCAACGAAUGCCACAAUUGGGUUGCUAAUGGACACUGGAAACCUUGUCCUAGGAUUUGGAAAAGAUCAAACAAAAGACCCUUUGUGGCAGAGCUUUGAUCAUCCCUCAGACACACUGUUGCCCGGCAUGAUGAUUAGCCUUAACAAGAGGACUGACCAGCAGAGGCGCCUUACAUCCUGGGCAGCAGUUGACAAUCCGAAACCCGGUAAGUUCUCCCUCGGCAUUGAUCUUCAAGUGCCUGCCCAGGUUGUUGUCCGGAAGGUAAACUUUGGUCCCUACUGGAGAAGUGCUGUCUACAAUUUGACAGGCCAUGAGUCCAAAUCAAUAGCCUUUAAAAAUCCCAGUGCAACCUUCUUGGUCCUCUCUUUCAAUGUUGAGUCUGAUGAUCAUACUGAUGAGGUUCAUUUUACUUAUCGCGUCUCGGAUACCUCAGUGAAAUUGAGGUCUGUGUUGAACCCAAAUGGGCUGUUUGUCCUGCUGCUGUGGCAGGAUGACAGUAAAACAUGGAGUGAGCUGGGGUAUUGGACUGGUGAAUGUGUUAGGGAAAAGGCAUUGACAUGUGGUAGAAACAGAGAAGGGUUUUCCAAGGUUGAGUUUUUAAAACUACCAGAUCAUGCUGUUGUGUUAGAAAAUAAAAAGAGUAGGAGUGAGUGUGAAUCUGAGUGUCUUCACAACUGCUCUUGCAAAGCGUAUGCUUGUGCAAAUGUGGCACAGGGAAGUCCUAUGAGGUGCAUAACAUGGUAUGGUAACUUGGUGGAUUCUGUACAGAAUCAAACACUUCCUAUUCGUGUUUGUGAGGAUGGCUCCAUUGCAGGUGGUAAGGGUCAUGCUAAAAAUUUCUUCAAGAAGCGGUGGGCUGUAAUUGCAAUUGCAAUUGUCUCAGCAACAACAGGAUUGCUUGCAGCAAUUUUUGGAUAUCUUUUAUGGAAGAGAAUUUCUAGAAAUGAAGACAAUGGUAGUGCUGGAAGUGGAAAGGAUGGUACAGAACUACCACUUUCGGGUUUAAAGAGUAUACUAGCUGCAACAAACAACUUCUCUGAAGCUAAUAAUCUUGGAGAGGGAGGGUUUGGCCCCGUUUAUAAGGGUAUUUUGCCUGAAAAUGAAGAAGUAGCCAUAAAAAGGUUGUCGAAGAAGUCAGGGCAAGGACAUGAGGAGUUCAUGAAUGAGUUGAAGCUUAUAGCCAAGCUCCAACAUACCAAUCUUGUUACUUUGGGUUGCUGUAAUGAAGAGGAGGAAAUGAUACUGAUUUAUGAGUACAUGCCCAAUCGAAGUUUGGACAAACUUGUGUUUGAUCCAUAUGAAAAGAUAAAAUUGGAUUGGGGUAAACGGUUUCGAAUCAUAGAAGGCAUUGCUCAAGGAGUACUUUAUAUCCACAAGUAUUCCAGAUUGAGAAUCAUUCACAGGGACCUAAAAGCAAGUAAUAUACUGUUGGAUGGAGAAAUGAACCCAAAAAUUUCAGAUUUUGGAAUGGCAAGGAUUUUUGGGAUGAACCAAACUGAAGCAAAUACCGACAGGGUUGUUGGGACAUACGGCUACAUGUCACCUGAGUAUGCACUCUUGGGCAAUUUUUCUGAGAAAUCGGAUGUGUUCAGCUUUGGAGUGUUGAUUUUGGAGAUUGUAAGUGGAAAGAGGAAUUCUUCUUUUCAUCGUUUUGAUCCUACGCUAACGCUUACUGGUUGGGCAUGGGAAUUGUGGAAAGAAGGCAGAGAAAUGGAGGUGAUUGAUGAAUCAGUAAGGGAAGCAUGUGACACUCAUGAAGCUCUAAGGUGUAUCCAUGUUGGGUUUUUGUGUGUUCAAGAAGCUCCAGCCGAUCGGCCAACAAUGUCUUCUGUGAUUAGCAUGCUGCAGGGCAACGAAGCUGCAUCACUUCCACCCUCCAAAGAACCUGCUUUUUCAUCAGCUCAUAGGAAUUCCAUUGCGAUUGCUUCUUCUCCUCAAACAUCUCCCAUUUUUUCCAACAAUUAUGUGAUCACCAUUAGUUCGGAACUGACACCAUCAGUGAAAACCAAUCUCCCUCUGGUGAUCAAACCAUUGUCUCUGCAGGUGGGGUUUUUGAGCUGGGUUUCUUCAAACCAGCAUCUUGGUUGUCUGAAAAUUUUUUGUGCAUCCAUGGAUACCAAAAGUAACCCAAAAUUCGUGUUCAACAUUCUUUUAUUAUGCCUAUUUCUCAAGUCCCAUAUAUCCCUUGCAGCUGACACCAUCAGUGAAGACAAAUCUCUCUCGGGUGAUCAAACCAUUAUCUCUGCAGGUGGGGUUUUUGAGCUGGGUUUCUUCAAACCAGGUAUUUUCUCAAACUACUACUACAUAGGCAUGUGGUACAAGAAAGUAUCUGUUAAGACCAUAGUUUGGGUGGCAAAUAGGGAAACACCAGUUUCUGAUAUAUUUUCUUCAGUCUUGAGGAUCUCAGAGGGUAAUCUAAUUCUCUUCAGUGAAUCCAACACUCCAGUUUGGUCCACAAAUUUAACCUCCACCACCACCUCAGGUUCUGUACAAGCAGUUCUAUUAGAUAGUGGAAACCUUGUCUUAAGGGCUGAUGGGUCAAGUACUAAUACAUCAGAACCUUUGUGGCAAAGCUUUGAUCAUCCAGCUCAUACAUGGAUACCAGGAGGUAAACUUGGAUACAACAUUGCCACUAAUCGAACCCAAAUUCUCACAUCAUGGAAGAGUUCAGAGGAUCCUGCACCAGGUCUUUUCUCUCUUGAGGUUGACCCCAAUGGAAGUAGUGCAUGUCUCAUACUUUGGAAUAGGUCUAGAGUCUAUUGGAGCAGUGGAGCAUGGGAUGCAAACUCACGUAUUUUCAGCGCGAUUCCUGAGAUGAGGCUUAACCAUAUGUACAAUCACAGCUAUGUUACAAACAAAAACGAAAGUUAUUUCACCUAUUCUCUAAAUAAUCCCAAGACAAUAUCUCGACUCGUGAUGCAUACCUCAGGGCAGAUUCAGCAAUUCACAUGGUCGGAGAAUUCCAGAGAGUGGAAUGUGUUUGGGAGCCAACCAAAAAGGCAAUGUGAAGUUUAUGGUUUAUGCGGGGCAUUCGGCAGUUGCAACGACAUAAGCACGGUCUCCUGUAAUUGUUUGACAGGUUUUGAGCCAAAGUCAGAGAUUGAGUGGAAUUUGCGGGCUUAUUCUAGUGGGUGUUCAAGAAUAACCAACCUGCAGUACUGUGGGACUGAUGUUAGUACUAGUGCUAAAUAUAGGGAGCCAGACGUGUUUCAAGAAAUCCGUAUCAUGUCAUUGCCAGAAAAUAAACAGUCUGUGGUGGUUGGAAAUAUUUCUGAAUGUCAUCCAAUCUGCUUAAACAACUGCUCUUGCACUGCUUAUGCUUAUGAUAGCAGCACUAGAUGCUCAAUUUUCACUGGAGAUCUCUUAAAUUUGCAGCAACUGGGAACAGGUGAAAGGAAUGGAACAACUUUAUACAUCAGACUUGGAUCUGCUCUUCCACUGCUUAAAAGUGUUAAUGCUAAUAAACGAUCCCUUGUGAUUGCAUUAGUCUCCGGAACAGCAGGAUUGCUUACAAUAACUUUUGGCUAUUUCUUAUGGAAGAAAACAUGGGGAAAGGAAAGGGAGCGUAGGAGGAAGAAUGGUGAGACUAAAACAUUGGAAAAGGAAAGGAAGCAUAGGAAGAAAUAUGAUGAAAUUUUAAGUAAUGUUGGUGAUGGAGGCGGAAAGAAUGAUACAGAGCUACCACUCUUCAGUUUAAGGAGUAUAUUAGCUGUUACUAACAACUUCUCUGAAGCUAAUAAGGUGGGAGAAGGAGGGUUUGGCCCUGUUUAUAAGGGGAUUUUGCCUGGAAAUCAAGUGGCCAUCAAAAGGCUGUCAAAGAAUUCAGGGCAAGGACACCAGGAGUUCAUGAAUGAGUUAAAGCUUAUAGCCAAACUCCAACACACCAAUCUUGUUAGGCUCUUGGGUUGCUGUAUUGAAGAGGAGGAACUGAUUUUGAUCUACGAGUUCAUGCCCAAUCGAAGUCUGGACAAGUUUUUGUUUGAUCCAUCUGAAAAAUUAGAGCUAGAUUGGGGAAAACGUUUUCGAAUUAUAGAAGGUAUUGCUCAAGGAAUACUUUAUAUCCACAAGUAUUCCAGAUUGAAAAUCAUUCACAGGGACCUGAAAGCAAGUAAUGUUCUGUUGGAUGGAGCAAUGAACCCCAAAAUUUCAGACUUUGGAAUGGCAAAGAUUUUUGAGAUAAAUCAAACCGAAGCAAAUACUAACAGAGUUGUUGGCACAUACGGCUACAUGUCACCUGAGUAUGCAAGAUAUGGCCAUUUCUCUGAGAAACUGGAUGUGUUUAGUUUUGGAGUGUUGCUGCUGGAGAUUGUUAGUGGAAAGAAGAAUGCUGCUUUUCAUCGCUUUGAACAUUCACUAACUCUUGCUGGAUGGGCAUGGGAAUUAUGGAGAGAAGGUAGAGGAAUGGAGGUGAUCGAUGCAUCACUGAAGGAAACAUGCCGGCCUGAUGAAGCUUUGAAGUGUAUACAGGUAGGAUUUUUGUGUGUUCAAGAAGAUCCAGCUGAUCGGCCAACAAUGUCUUCUGUAAUUCUUAUGCUGGCCAAUGAAGCUACAUCUCUUCCACCCUCCAAAGAACCUGCUUUUUCAACACAUAGGAAUUCCGUUGCUGUUAGUUCUUCUCCUCAAACAACUCCCAUUAUUUCCAAUAAUGCAGUAACCAUUAGUCUGCCAGAAGGUCGAUAG